GAAAAGCCUCAAACAGCAGCUCAGAGCAUCCGGCCGUCUUGGACUCUCUGGAUUGGGUCCUGUUGAGCUGUGGGCAGAAGGUCGGUGGAGAACACAAGGCAAUGAAGACGGAAGCCUUUUGGGUCUGACUGGUCCGGGGUCUCCUGAAGCAGCUGUCGGAUACUGACGGGCCAGAAGGGUUGCAGCUUUGGCAGGUGCUGAAGCAAAAACCAGGAUGUGGAGGAGAUCCAGAUGUUCUCAAAGAAAUCCUGGCAAACCACUCAGUGACUGUGGAAGGGAAGGACUUGGCCCAGGCUGAGUCUGAACCGAUAUCCCCGGCAGAAGUCACCGUUCCUACUGCCCCACUGCUGCCCCUUGAGGCCAGGAGGACUUGUGAUGGUCUGCUGGGUCUUUUCCCUCUGUGGCCACCGGGGGUGACACUGAGCCCAUCCUCCACUCCAAACUGACUGAGAUCUGCAACGUGGAGACUCCAACCAGCACCUUCCACUGAGAGGAGAGUCUCCAUUUCAUCAGACAUGCUGCUGAAGGUUUCCGUGUUUCUUGUCCUUGUGUUUUGGGGUCCGGUUCUGGGCGGCCCCCUGACAGACCCCCACCCCAACCUGACGGACCAGGAGCUGUUCUGGGGCACCGAGCAGUACGACUUCUCCGUGGUGCUCCGAGCUGCAGGGAUGGAGUGUUUCUGGCACUUUGCUCACCUGGGAGAGACGUUCUACCUGAACUUCAUGGUCCAGUGGGUGACAGGCGUCGGCCAUGACAGACACCUGUCUGUCACCGUCAACACUCCCGGCGGUCUGUUAGUGUCGACUGUUGAUGAUGCGAAGGGUCAGAUCAACUUUGAGGCAAAGGAAACAGGUUUCUAUCAGAUGUGUUUCAGCAACUUCCACAACCGCUUCGGCACCAUGCAGGUCUUCCUCAGCUUCGGCGUUUACUACGACGGCUUCCAAGAGCCCGCCAAGAGCAGGGAGGAAGCCAAGAAGAAGAAGGAGGAGGUCAGCAAAGACCUGAACAACACACUGAGCAUCAUACAGGAUGCGAGUCACAGAUUGGAGAAGUACGUUUUCCACAUGUUUCGCUACUACAGCUUUGGUCGCAUGAGGAAGAGCGCCGACUACUUCCUGCUGCAGUCCAACUCGCAGUACAUCACCUGGUGGUCGACAGCCCUCAGCCUCCUCGUUGUCACCUCUGGCUACCUGCAGCUCCUCUUCCUCAAAAGACUCUUCAUCACCAAGAGCUGCGGUGAGGAGGAGAAGCCGCGCUGCUGACACCAACACGUCAGGCUGCUGUACUCUGUCUGUGUACUUGUACUUUUUUACACAGUACAGCAGGUUUUAAUGUUCCUCCUAAAAAUAACAUAAAUGUCCUUCCUUUGUGUCCUUCGUUCUUUUCAUCCUCCCUCGUUUUUAUUUGGGUUUCUGAAGUCGGACAGUAAAAGGAGCUUGUCAGCCUCACAACUCAAUCAAGUGUUUCCUGUUUUCUCUGAAUGUCAGAGCACGAAGCUCCUCCUUCAUCUGCUCAUCUCCUCCCUCCUCAUCUCCUCAUCUGCUCCUCUGCUCAUCUCCUCAUCUCCUAUGUCCUAGUUUCCUCCCCUCCUCAUCUCCUCCCUUCUCAUCUCCUCAAUGAAAUUGAAUAAACAGGAUUUGUGUGUGUGAAUUACAGUCAGCAUAAGUUAAAAAUGAAAAGAUGCGUUCAUGUGUUCAUAUUUCAACAUGCAUACCAAA